UCGUCCAAGUCCGGGGUCUGUGUUACCCAGGCACCGGUCCGGCUUUUUUCCUUCCGCCCUCCGUUGAGUUUUUUUUUUUUCCCCCAGCAAUGGCAUCUGGCCUGCGGAGGCUGCUGUUGCGGGGGCCUCGCUGUCUCCUGGCCCCGGCCGCCCCCACUCUCGUCCCGCCUGUUCGGGGCGUGAAGAAGGGAUUCCGCGCCGCCUUCCGCUUCCAGAAGGAGUUAGAGCGCUGGCGCCUGCUCCGGUGCCCGCCGCCGCCCGUGCGCCGUUCAGAGAAGCCCAACUGGGAUUACCAUGCUGAAAUAGAAGCGUUUGGACAUCGGUUACAGGAGACCUUUUCCUUAGAUCUUCUCAAAACUGCAUUUGUUAAUAGCUGCUAUAUUAAAAGUGAGGAGGCCAAGCGCCAAAACCUUGGAAUAGAGAAAGAAGCUGUUCUUCUGAAUCUUAAAGAUAAUCAAGAACUCUCUGAACAAGGGACAUCUUUUUCAAAAACUUGCCUCACACAAUGUCUCGAGGAUGCAUACCCAGACUUGCCCACCGAAGGCAUUAAGAGUCUCGUUGACUUUCUCACUGGUGAGGAAGUGGUAUGUCAUGUGGCCAGAAACUUGGCCGUGGAGCAGUUAACACUGAGUGCAGAAUUUCCAGUUCCCCCGCCUGUUUUACAGCAGACUUUCUUCGCAGUAGUUGGAGCCUUGCUGCAGAGCAGUGGCCCUGAGAGGACUGCUCUUUUCAUCAGGGACUUCUUAAUUACUCAGAUGACUGGAAAAGAACUCUUUGAGAUUUGGAAGAUAAUAAAUCCCAUGGGGCUACUGGUAGAAGAACUGAAGAAAAGGAAUAUUUCAGCUCCUGAAUCUAGACUUACCAGGCAGUCUGGAAGCACCACAGCUUUGCCUGUGUUUUUUGUUGGCUUGUACUGUGAUAGAAAGCUGAUUGCGGAAGGACCUGGGGAGACCGUGCUGGCUGCGGAAGAAGAAGCUGCUCGCGUGGCACUCCGGAAGCUCUACGGGUUCACGGAGAAUCGCCGGCCCUGGGACUAUUCCACACCCGGAGGGAAUUUCAGAGCAGAGAAGCUACCCGGCUACCCGGCCAAGCAUGUGGCAGCCUGAGAUCUGCGAGCCAGGCAGUGAGACACAGGAGAAAAUUCACACGAUCAAAAAUUGUAAUCACGAGCGCACGUGCUCCUGAAAAAAAGACAGCCAUUUCGACGUUGGGAGUGUCUGUGCUUUUCCGCUAACACGCAUUCGUUCUUGUUCGGGUAUCCGGCUGCCGGUUAGGGCUCGCUCGUAACAGUUCUAAGAAAAAUUUCUGGAAGGAGAGCCACUGAGAAGAUUAAAAACAUUAACCUAUUCCCCCUUCAAUUGAGGAAGAACUCCAUUAUUUGUUUGCAGGAUACCUUUUUACCACAUCUGUUGUACAUUAAAAUUGCAGGAUGAACUAAUGAGUUUGUUCUAAUGAGUUUUGCAGAAGAGAUGAGUCAUGAGAUCAUUGACCUGCUGGAAGAAGAAUCUCUCUGACCGGAGAAAUUGCCUGACUUCCUGAAGAUACUUCCUCUACGCAAGUUAUCGAUCAGUGUCUCCCCAGCAAGACGUAUCAGUCAGGGCCAGAGAUAUUUAUCAGUAGGCAAUAUAGUUAAUAAGACAAAUACAGUAAUAAAAAAACAAUUCGCGGCUCAUCCUCAGAUUAACUAACCUGACAACGAUGUCCGCGGGGCUCCUGACAACCUGCCUCCAAGACCCUGAUGUGGGUGCUGGGAUUGCUUCCUUGUCUACGAAGGACGAGCACAAAGUGUUGCCACUCUACGCUUGGUGGCUGGGGUUAGAAACUUCAGAUGAAGGGCGGAUAGCACUGAGAAAUGUAAAAACUCACUUCUGUUUUGUUCCCUCGCAUUCAAUAGUUAAUCUGCAAACACUAAUAAUGUACCUGUUAUCAUAUAAAACAGUGAUUUCUCAUUUUGCGAACUUC